AAAAGUAUUAAGUCAGGAUUCAUGCCACCUAUCGCCAAUCAAACCAAAUAAACUUAUUGGAUAUUAUCCCGCUUAUAAACUUAAUUUAACACCGGGGGUGGAUUUUAAUGUCAGCACAUCAAUUGAUUACUUAAACUUUAUUGCAUUUGGUCCAAAUGAUCUUGUUAAUAAUGCCAGAAAUAAUCUUUCUGGUGGUGACCCAUUUGCAUUUUUUAACAGACAAUCUUCCAAGUUUAGUCAAUUGAAAGAUUAUAAAACAAAAAAUAAUCUAACAUUUAAGAUAAUUCUAUCAGUCCUGCUACCUACUGAUAGGAAUAAUUUAACUGGUUUCUUUAAUCUUAAUAAUUCGGUAUACAAUCCGAAUAGCUAUCAAAAUCUUAAAUUCGUUAAUGAUUUAGUUAGUAUUGUUACUACCGGUACUAAUGGUUUUGACGGA